AAUGAUCUCAAAAUACUGUUCAUGCAAGAGAGAUUUCAUUCUCUUGGACAUUUACUCUUUUUCACAAAUAAUGCACUUAAGAUGAAAACUUCAUCAUUAGAACGAGCUCAGGGUCCAAACGCUGCAGUUAAAAUUACAAAAGAUAAAAAUGGUGUUGGUCUGGUUACACUUCAAAACCUUAGAGGAUUUUCAGCACAGGUCAGUUUGCACGGAGGUCAAGUUAUUUCUUGGAAAAAUGAACAUGGCGAAGAAUUGUUGUUUAGAAGUAGUAAGGCAAACUCUAAGCCACCUGCAGCAGUGAGAGCAGGAAUCCCCAUUUGCUUUCCACAGUUUGGAAAUCAAGGCUCUCUUGAGCAGCAUGGAUUUGCCCGCAACAAGAUAUGGGAAAUUGAUCACAAUCCUCCUCCUCUUUAUCGUAAAGAUUAUGAUGGGAAUGCCUUUAUCGACUUGCUGCUUAAACCAUCAGAUGAUGAUAUGAGAACUUGGCCUCAUAGUUUUGAAUUUCGGUUGAGGGUAUUGCUGACUUGUGAUGGAGCUUUGAAGCUGAUAUCUCGCGUAAGAAACAUUGGUUCCAAAGCGUUUAGUUUCUCAAUUGCAUAUCACACGUAUUUCUUGGUAUCGGAUAUCAGUGAAGUAAGAGUUGAAGGGUUGGAAACACUCGACUAUCUUGAUAAUCUACACCAUAAAGAACGUUUCACAGAGCAAGCAGACGCUCUCACGUUUGAAAAAGAGGUAGAUAGAGUUUACAUUGACUCUCCUCAUAUCGUUGGGGUGUUUGAUCAUGAAAAACGGCGAACCUUUGUUAUACGAAAGGAAGGCCUUCCUGAUGCUGUUGUCUGGAACCCAUGGGAGAAGAAAGCGAAGGCAAUAACGGACAUGGGUGAUGAAGAGUAUCGACACACACUUUGUGUAGACGGGGCAGCAGUUGAGAAGCCGAUCACAUUGAAGCCUGGAGAGGAAUGGACUGGUCGUUUAGAGCUUUCCGUCCUUCAUUGACUUUCAAAAAAAAUAAUAAAUAACAUAUUUUCUAAAGUAAAUUAUCAAAGUUAAUAUAUGUUUAUAUAGCAAGAAAUGUGUGGUUUUUACA